AUGGACGAGCGUGCGGAGAAUGACAAGCGUCGGCUUCGUCGGUCCAGGGAUAUGUCUGACGACGAUGGCAGAACACACAGUGAUAGAGACAGUGCGAGCGGCAGCACUCGAGACAGACGUCAUCGGAGAAGCCAGUCGCCCACCAAAAGUGACCGUCGUGCCUAUCGCGAUCGUGAGUAUGGCUCGCGCGGAGACUUGCGUGACAGCUAUCGUCCAGGGGACCGUCGUGGAGACCGCCGUGGUGAAGACGACUCUUACCGCCCAGAUUCAGACCGACGUCGACGGGAUCGUGAGUACGAAGGACGUGAUCGCGCUCGUGAUCGCUCUCGCGACCGUGGAGAUCGCCGUGGCGGCCGUGACUCUCGCGACUCUCGCGAUUCUCGUCGCCGCCGCUCGCCGACUCCUAACAAAGAGGAUUCGAACGAUCGUGAUGAGCGUACAGUAUUUGUGCAACAGAUUGCUCAGUCGUGUAGCAGCAGCAAAUUACAGAAGUUUUUUGAACAGGUCGGAGCUGUCGUUGAUGCUCAGAUUGUGAAGGACAGAGUCAGCGGACGAUCGAAAGGUGUUGGCUACGUCGAGUUUCGCCAGAAAGAAUCAGUUGAAAAAGCUCUUGGGCUGACGGGUCAGAAGAUUAACGGAGUUCCCAUUAUCGUGCAACAAACCGAAGCAGAAAAGAAUCGUCAGCCUCGCAACACAACCGGAGGCCAACCGCCUGCCAAUGGCGCUCCAUUUCAUCGCCUUUACGUUGGUAAUAUUCAUUUUUCGGUCACUGAAGAUGAUCUUCGCAGUAUCUUUGGUCCUUUCGGAAAUCUUGAAUUCGUUCAGAUUCAGAAAGAGGAGGCUACGGGGCGCUCGCGCGGCUAUGGUUUUGUUCAAUACUCUGAUCCAGGCUGCGCAAAACAGGCUUUGGAGAAGCUCAAUGGCUUCGAACUGGCCAAACGCCCCAUUCGCGUUGGCCUUGGCAACGAUCGCUUCACCGACUCUUCCACUAAAUCAUUACUGCAGGCAUCUUCACAGCAAUUCCAAGGCUCUGACUUUUCGGGUGCUGGAGGCCGCGGAGCCUAUGCUGGGGGUACUGGCAAUUUUGAUCGUGCUGCUCGCGAAGCUGACAAGACAGGUGCCGGAUCCGCACUCGAUGAUUCCGACGUAGGAGGUGUGAAUAUGUCGAACUACAAUCGCUAUGAGCUCAUUCGCAAGUUGGCCCGCACCGAGAACGAUGAGGUGAAAGCCCCAACGCAAGCCGUCACGCAGAAACCUGUCGACCAGCCUCAGACUGCGACCCGCUGCGUGGUACUGAGGCAUCUUUACGACCCAGCAACAAUGACUGAUGCGGCUGAGCGGAAAGAGCUCGAGGAUGAUGUUCUUGAGGAGUGCAAAGCACGUUACGGUGAAGUUGUUCACAUCGGCCUGAACCUUGACAGCACUGAAGGCGAAGUUUAUCUGAAGUUCAAGGACCUCCAGGGCAGCAAAAACGCUAUACAGGGUCUCAACGGUCGUUUCUUCGGCGGUUCUCAGAUCACUGCCUCAUACAUCGUCGACGCCAUCUACAAUACGAACUUUCCCAAGGCUGCCAACUCGUGA